AUGAGCGAAGAGCAAAAGUAUCAAGGCGCACUCUACAAGAACAAGAAGGCCAAAACCACCGCAACCGACACCCCAUCCGCUCCCAAGACCAUGGCGCAGGCGGCUUACGUUAAGGACAUCGUGGAGGAAUAUCGGGACUACGACGACUAUGAGGACGACAACAGGUCUACUACUGACGCGCCUCCUCAUGCACCCACGCCUCCACCAGCCGGCGAUGGCCCUGUCAAUGUAUUCGACUUCCUUGUCGCAAACGCUACUCCCAAUGCCUCCAACACGGCCUUGCCACAGCCUGCUCCGGCAGCAGAGCCCAGUCAGAGCCGGCAACUCGUACGCUUCGACUACCAGGCCAACAGCUACACAGACCCAACAGGAUACAUGGUCGAGGAUAGUGAAGCACUCGUACAGUACGGCACGGGACCCAUUCCAGCUGGUCGCAACCCCCUAGAGACUCCCGCACCGAAAGCGGACCGAAAGAAGAAGGACAGCGACCGUGAAGUCAAGAAGGACAAGAAGCGCAAGCGGUUACACAUCGAUACCCACGACCAAAUCAUGACCGACGCACCUCCAGUUCUCCAUUCUGGCCUGACUGGUGGGCUCAAUCGCCUUAUGAGUAGACCACAUGCCUUCCCACCAUCCCCAGAUGCUUCAGGCUCUGGCGGUGAGGUUAUCGAAACACCAGCCAGCCCUCUCAAGAAGAGCAGACACUCCAAACAUUCAAAGUCCAGCCGGACAGAAGGCGGCAUCGGCAACAACCUAAUGGCCAUGCUUACCAACGGAGGAUCGAAGAAGACAAAGAAGAGGAAGGCGGUCUCGACAACAAAGACUAAGAAGCACACCUCACCUCGCCAUCGAUCCGACGGCAAGGAGCAGAAGCUCAUCGAAUACCGGCCCGCAUCUAAGGAGGGCGACAAGGAGGCCGAUGCCAGCGCGAUGGUGAUAUAUAAGCCGCGCGCCGAUCUUCUCAUGAGUUUCAUUGAGAAGGGCCCCGAUAGCGAGCGAGGAUGCAGCAUGAACAAGGCCCUCAAACGUUUCCAUCGGGAAAGGACUGCCUCUGGCAACAGCCUAGGCAAGCUAAUGGAGGAGAAGGAGUUGUGGAGAUCACUGCGGAUGCGCAAGAAUGAUCGGGGUGAGAUCGUCUUGUUCUCUAUCUAG